UUGUCACAAUAAAUUAAAUUUUCAGCUCAUAACAGAGAACAUCAUUUUUUUAUAUUUAAAGUUUUCUUUGAAAUGUGAAAAAGAAACACUAAAAAAUGGCUACAGCAAACGACGAUGAGAUAUUGGAAGGAUUUCUCUGUCCAAUUUGUAAAGCUGAUCUUAAAUCAGCAACGCAACUAACUAGCCACUUUGAAAGUCAACAUGAAGAGGAACAGGAUCUCUUACGAUCUCUGAAGGAUAUAUUUGGUAAAGCGAAGAAGAUAAUAUUAAACGCUGAUGAGAAUGACUUAAAGGAGACGUUUGACCGCGCGUUAAAGCUGAAUACCCAAGAUUUUGUCUUCCUCGAAGACGACCAGACAGUAGGUGUGUCUCGAAGCUCGAGUGAUUAUUUUCGAGCCGUUCGUUCAUCGAGACUGGAGCGAUAUGCUACAGAAACUAAUAAAUUGUUGAUAAGACUCGACAAAUUAAUCUGUAAUAUGCCGAAUGAAGCUAGCCAAAGGAAACAACAUGAGCAGGAAGUUGUGCCUUGGCUGGAUGGAUCGUCUGUGAAGUUAUGUCCUAAUUGCGCUAAGUCAUUCAGUCUCACAAAAAGGAAACAUCAUUGUCGGCUCUGUGGUUCCAUACUAUGUCAUGAUUGCUCCCUUUUUCUGGAUCUUAAUAUAGCUAGAGCGAUAAUAGACCCCUCCGCCCCUCAACCAGUGAAUCCGAACCAGGAAGUAACAGAAAAGAAUGGCCUCCGUCUCUGCGAACAUUGCUACAACUUAAUAGAACUCCGCAAGCAGGUGCAAGAGAGUCGCAACGCUAAAACCGUUAUUAUCACCUCGUAUGAGCAGAUGAGGAGCUUAAUGGACCAAGCUGCUCCAGCUGUGGCUAUGUAUGAAAAGAUGUGUCAAAGUCUCUUUGACGGUGAGACGACAUACAACUUGCAAGAUGUGAACGCAAUGCGCGGGAAAAUCGGCAAACUGGCCGAGGGUAUAGAUACGCUCAGUAAGCAGAUAGCCGGCCUUCACGCGCAGCCCGGCACCAGACAGGCGAGACUGCAAAACUCCGUUAGGCAAGCCGCAGCUCAUUAUAUUAAGGAAGAGCUCCUGUCGUUACGUAAACUACCCACUGAAGAACAAAUACAGGAAGUACGCAAGGAAAGGUAUGAAAGGGCUCAAAAGCAAGUGGAAAUGGAAAGGAAGAGGGCGGAAAGGGAAAGGGAAGGAAGGGAAGUGGAGCAAGCGAGUAGCAGCAGUAAUAAUAUAGUGCAUGAUGAUGACAAUCCUAUAUUGGAACAGAUGAAUAUAAUAAGAGGGUAUAUUAAAGAAGCUAGGAAGGAGCUGAGGUUUGAAGAAGUGGCUAUAUUGGAAGCAAAUCUCAAAGAAUUAAAGAAGGAAUACCAACUACAAAUGCUCUCAAACAAGUCCUAGUCAACAUUUAUUAUUUAAAUCUAUAAUCGUCUAUGUAUAAGUUCACUUUAUUCCAAGAAUACAAGACUUAGUAUUGUAAUAUUUAUAUUUAAGUAAAUGUAAAAUAUUCUAAUAUAAUAU